AUGCAAGCAGACCAUAGUUCGUCUGACAGCCACCCCAAGCAGCGCGCCACUCCCUCAGGAUUACGCAGGCUCCCUGGUAAAUCCCAUACCCUUGACGCGCCUACUAAGUCAACCAUCCCUGCCAAUGGACCGCUGCGGCCGGAAAGAUCUAAGACAGUUGGUUCUCAUCACCUCCAUUCACGUGAAGAAUUCAGCGCCACGCCACUCCCCAAGCACAGCUUCUCACAGCCAACAAGUUCACCCCUGAGUAUCCACUCAUUCACAGACUUGGACACAUUCGCACCCGCAGUCACUGGGGCGGCUUUCAGUACGCGACUGCCCUCGUCUAAACGCGCUCUGCUAUCUGCAGGGGCAGUAACUACCUUGCCAGUUCGUACGCCAGGAUCACACAAGUCAUCUGGUGCAAGUGCGGACAGAGAUGUUGGUCCUACCCUAGACAUGAAGCGGCUUUUGAGCAAGCCGGCGAAGCACACCUUAGCAAGCUCAUCAACUGUAUCGUUGCCGUCGGACUCGGAGAUCUCUGCGUCGUCACGCAGUAGAGCACAUGUAUCCAGGCCAAUCACGGGCUUUCACGAGCGCCCCACUACUUCGCCUGGACCUGCGUCAAUGCUGGCACAGAGAGAGGGCUCGAGGGAUACGUCAUCCUCGUCGCGUAGUCUUGCGAAGGUUGAUGAUCCAAAACCUCGAAACGUUUUGCGACGGCGAAGUAGCCGGCCUUCAACCCAGCCCAGCGCCGGGGUUUCUGAAGAACCCGCUCGGCAUCGAUCCCUUUCCUCCGCCAAGCGGCGGAUGCGCUCAAUGGAGACUUUGCACAUCACGCCUCCAAAACCUGCAGCUGGCACUGUCCCUCUCAGCACGGCCACUCCUAGACCGAUUCCUGCCGGUAUCACGCCUGCAGGACAAGUUGCGCUAGCCUACAAGCAGCAGGAGCUACGACGGGAGGAGAUCGCGGAGUUGUCCGGCUGGAAUGACAACGUUCGGGAUUUAAGCAGGGGCGUCACCACGAUCUCAUCCGGCAACAGGCAUAGUACCGAAGGGCUGCUCACUGCGGCGGCACGAAACAAUGUGCAGGACGAUGAGGAAGAACAGGCUAGUGGCCCAUAUUACACGGUAUUCGGUAGCAGUUCAGGGCACGUGGUACCGUUUGGAAGCUCGAAAGAUUAUUCACCUCAGUUGGAUCAACGCUUCACCUUCAAUGAUGUUCCGCGCAAGCACCAUAGGAGUUUAUCACGCAAGGUGUCUGGCAGACUCAAGAAAGUGGCCGAUAUCGUCAAGGGCGAUCGGGACUUUUCUCCAUCACCAGCUCAUCGUUUAGAUCACGAUGAUUGGCGCCCGUAUGAUGGUUAUCCGCUUGCUCCCAAGUCUCCAAGAUCACCGAUCCGGAUGUCCGUGGAUGACCAGUUCGAUACCUCGAUGGGGAGCAUCAGUUCGCGCCAUUCGACUCCGACAGGUAAACGGGGCUCUCAUGGGAAAGGAAGAUCCAUGGGAGGGGGUUCUGUGGAGGAACGGCGAGGCUUGUAUCCAGUCAAGUCUGCGAAGGACAAGGAUCAAGAAGACGGGGAGGAGGAACAUGCCUCAGGGAAGUUCUGGAAGCUUGUGAAGCGAAUCAGCACAGGCGGAUUGCGGGACAAAUAUCGGCAUCAACGGACUUCGACGCCGCCGCCUGUGCCUCCAUUACCAGUAGAUCUACAGAAGCUGACAGAAACGCGUACGACCGUCGACAUACGGCAGUCUCCAGUACGGGAUCAUACGCCCGACGAGACUUCCCAGACACUUUCUUCUCGUGCGUCGUAUGCACGGGUGCGUCCAUCCACUGGCUUAUCACUCAAGACUUCUAUGCGCCACACGAUCGCAUCUCGCCCUUCCACGGGAGGAAAGGCGUCUUCGCUGCCUUCUGUUCCCCAUCUCAGUACAACGACGCGUUCUUCAUCGCCCGUAUCGUCAGACCUCGCGUCAUCUGGUUUUUCUCCUAGGCCACAAUCUCCAAGGUCGUCAUCGUCUUCAUACCCCGAGGAAUCGCCAUCGGGGCACAAGCCGAGCACCCCGAAGUCCAAGCUCGGGCAAUAUGUCAUUCCUGAACAUAUGCUCAGUCGCUUGCAAUCUGCUGGUAGCAAGGAGAAUGAGCGCAGAAAACGUAGGCCGAGCCGUUCACAUUCAGAGCCCGAUCAUCGACGAUUCCCGAGCACGCCUGACGAAGAAGUGCCUUCCUUACCUCUACCAUCUCGACACCGUGGUGCUGGUAGCCAAGAUGUUGAGAUGCCGGAACGCUCCCCGUCGCCUCAGAUGCCGUCGUUCAGCACGCAUGACCCUGUCAACAACUUCAUUUCUACGCCGUUGGCAGCCUCUGGAUCAGGCCCGCCCCCGCUGCCGAGGCGGAACCCGCGCAGAAAGCCUGCGAGCAUCGAGCUUACUAUAUCAGACAAAGUUGCAAACGUAUCCCCGAAUCCUCCCCUCACUCCUCGUACGCCCCGGGCCCAUACUCAGAUUUUCGUCGAUGCGGAGCCACUCAGUCGGACAUCGACGAGCACAGCGAGGAACGCUUCUCCCACAACACAGACCUCCCUUUCACCAUCCUCGACGUCCUUGUCGCCCUCGACCGCUUCGUCGCACAAUCAAUCUCCACUUACUUUCCGCGAGAUUGAGUCUCCGCGGCAUGUGUGGACGGAACAGGAGAAGGCGGACAAGUGGGAGGACCUGCUUCAACGAAGCGAACGUGCAGGCGGGACCUUGCACAUUGGAGAAUCGCACUUGCUUUCGGACAAGAUGCGUUUGUCGCAGUGUUCGGAUGUCUGA